AAUUCAAUUAUAUAUCCCAAGAAGACCCAAUCAGAAGUAACAAAGAACCAGAUUUUUUUGCCAGUUCGAUAUAAAGAAGAGUUGUAUCCCAUAUUGGCCAUUCAUGAUCGACCACUUUUGUUGCAUUUCACAAAUAGAGGAGAUAGGAAUUGCAAUAAAUUGACUGGGCCAUUGUACAAGAUUAUCAUCAAUGAUUUGGAAGAUGAUAAGAAAAAAUUGAACUUGGUUGAUAUUGAGUGUGAUACAAUGGAACAAGGAAUCAAGGAAAUAAUGUUGGAUUAUAACGUCAAUAGAAUCCCCAGCAUAAUUGCAGUUAACAAGAGCAUCAAAAUGGAUGAAUAUAUUGUUAAGAAUUUGAACGAAAUCAAGGAAAUAGAUUGGAACGAGUUGCGAAAAUGGGUUGAAAGUGUUGCG